AUGGUUAAAGAGUCUUCCGCUACUACUGGCAGUAGUCAACCCAAGGCUUUAAACAUUAUCAGACCCGCCAACAGCAAUUAUGCUUUACAUAAAAGCUUAAGUCAUAGUAGUAGCGGCAGCACAGCAAGUAGUUCGUCACAACCAACAGCGACAGCUACAAGACGUCAUGCUGGCUCAUUCCAUUCUGCCAAUCCGUCAACAGUCUCCUACCACAGUUACAAUGGUGGUAAUAACAGUAGCAAUAAUGCCCGCAAACCAAGAAUAGCCAAUGCGAAUAUUAUAAAGUCAGCAAUGGAAAAACCUACUCUGAACAUAUACCAUCCACCCACGGCGAAUAAUAACAACAAUUAUCAUAGUGGUAUCAAUCGUAAGCCGUCUUAUUAUCAUGAGAGUAAUAAUGUAUCAACUACUAUUACAACUCCACGGCCACCUAUAGAACUCUAUAAACCCUCACAGCAUCAACAGCUAUCACAACAACCAUCAUCGCACUAUGGUCUACAACACCAGCAGCAAAGUCAACGAUCAGGAAAAUCUUUCUUGGUGUCAUCACCCAUCAGUCUCCAUUCUCCUGAUGAGAAGGUACAAACACCAAAGUCGUAUACAGCAAGCAAUAAUAAUAGACCGAUGUCUCCUACUACUACUCACCCUCACACUAGCAAUAAUGGCACCGUCAACAGCAGUCCGAGACAAGCGGCUGCUAUUCCCUAUCGGUCCGUCUUGGGUGUCAUUAAUUCAGCUGCACCGUCAAAAAAUGACUUGCCUUCCCCGCCACCAUUAAUAACGGCCACAGUUGACAGCAGCAAUAGCAACAAGACUACGCUCGGUAAUGGAUAUGAUUUAGAGUCUACUGAUGAUGAUGAUGUGGAAGAAGACGAAGUAACAGAUGCUAAGAACCAAAGAUUACACACUCAAGAAGUAGAGGAAACUACUAAAGAUGAGGAGGCUGACAAUGAACUCGUAGAUUCAAAUCCAGAGGAUGCCGAGGAUGAUACCUUUAUUAAUGAGGCCAGAGUGAAUAGGAAGAUUGCAGAUUUAGAAUUAUCUAUAAGUUCAUUAUUAACUGUCAAUGCAAUGUUGGAGGCAACUGUACGAAAGCAAGCAUCACAACUAAAUCAGCUAAGGAAAGAAAAGACAUCACCCGAUUCGAAUACGUCUUCCAUAUUAUCGCUCGAGCAGAAUUACUUGAUUAACGAUGAAAAACAUAAUGAGGAUGAAGAUGAUGAUUGGGAAAAAGACGAAGUAUUUCAAAGAUUAAAAAAGAUUACGGAGCAUAUGAUUGAGCAGGGGCAAAAAUCAAUUGAUUUUGAAUAUAAGAUUUUGAGUCGAGUGUUAUCGAAUUACAACCAGAUAGAGGAAGGCGAGGGAGAAGCUGCGGAAGAUAGCACCACUAUUAAUAGCGACAGUAUCAUCAGUGAAGUGAAUGAAGAUCUCGAGGAAGAUUUACAACAGGCCUCAUUAAGCAUAGAAAGCAAUCCAACAUCGUUACUACAGAUAAAAUAUCGUUACAACGGAAGCUGA